AAACAGGGGAGGCCUGGAAAUUGUUUCUCUGUCCCUGCCUGCUACUCUCUGCCCUGGGUUUGGGGCUCUCAAGCACCCACGGAUGGCGUUCCCGGGCAGGGUGUGCCCCUAUGUUAUCCCAGAGAAUGAAGAAAUCCCCCAGACAGCUCUUAACAAUGUCCACCAGGCUAAUGGCAAUGAAGACGAGAGGGCUGUGUCCAAACUGCAGCGCAGGCACAGUGACGUAAAGGUCUACAAGGAGUUUUGUGACUUUUAUGCGAAAUUCAACAUGGCCAAUGCCCUGGCCAAUGCCACUUGUGAGCGCUGCAAGGGGGGCUUUGCGCCCGCCGAGAAGAUAGUAAACAGUAACGGGGAGCUGUACCACGAGCAGUGCUUCGUGUGUGCCCAGUGUUUCCAGCAGUUCCCAGAGGGACUCUUUUAUGAGUUUGAAGGAAGGAAGUACUGUGAACAUGACUUUCAGAUGCUCUUUGCUCCUUGCUGUCAUCAGUGUGGUGAAUUCAUCAUUGGCCGAGUUAUCAAAGCCAUGAAUAACAGCUGGCAUCCUGAGUGCUUCCGCUGUGACCUCUGCCAGGAAGUUCUGGCAGAUAUUGGAUUUGUCAAGAAUGCUGGGAGACAUCUAUGUCGCCCCUGUCAUAAUCGUGAGAAAGCCAGAGGCCUUGGAAAAUACAUCUGCCAGAAAUGCCACGCCAUCAUCGAUGAGCAACCGCUGAUAUUCAAGAAUGACCCUUACCAUCCAGACCAUUUCAACUGUGCCAACUGCGGGAAGGAGCUGACUGCUGAUGCCCGGGAGCUGAAAGGAGAGCUGUACUGUCUGCCAUGCCAUGAUAAAAUGGGGGUCCCCAUCUGUGGCGCUUGUCGACGGCCCAUUGAAGGGCGUGUGGUGAAUGCUAUGGGGAAGCAGUGGCAUGUGGAGCAUUUUGUUUGCGCCAAGUGUGAAAAGCCAUUUCUUGGACAUCGACAUUAUGAAAGGAAAGGCCUGGCAUAUUGUGAAACCCACUAUAACCAGCUAUUUGGUGAUGUUUGUUUCCACUGUAACCGUGUUAUAGAAGGUGAUGUGGUCUCUGCUCUGAAUAAGGCCUGGUGUGUGAACUGUUUUGCCUGUUCUACCUGCAACACUAAAUUAACACUCAAGAAUAAAUUUGUGGAGUUUGACAUGAAGCCAGUCUGUAAGAAGUGCUAUGAGAAAUUUCCGUUGGAGCUGAAGAAAAGACUUAAGAAACUAGCUGAGACCUUAGGAAGGAAAUAACUUCCUUUCUUUUGUUUUUUCUCUUCUGUGCAAAGAAAAGAGAUUACCAACAUUACUUGACUUGGUCCACCCUGUUUAAAGCUGUAUCUCAAAAUAAUUGAGCGUGAAGAGGGCCUAUAUGAAUGGUUUUCUUUAUCUCCUUUUUCUCAUUAAAAAAGAAAAAAAGCUUGUGUAAUCAUAUUUAAAACACAGAUGAGAUCAUGAUGCUUUUGUUAAAUACCCUAUCAGUUUGUUGAAAUGUAGACUAUACUUAACAGCAAAAACACAUGGUUAAAUGUUACAUGUUAAUCAAGGUCCAAAAAAAUUAAUUUAACUUUUAAAAAUGAAAAUAGGGAGUCAGCUUUCACAUGACUCAGAUACAAUAGAAACAUUAUUUUACUUUGUAUUUGAAAGAAAAUAAAUUCCAACAGCUGUUAGGGAGGAUAUAAGGAAGAAAAAUAACCAACCAAGAAAAACAAAUCUUGUAGAAUGUUAGUAUGUUUAUCAAACUAGUAGUUAUAAAAUGAAUAUACACAUUACUAAGACAAGAAACAAGUGCAUUCAAAACUACUUGAUUUCAUUUUUUGUUAAAUUCAAUAAUUACUAUGCUUAGUUUUAUAUUUUGUUCUCCUUGUGAAACUCUUCCUUCAUACAGUUACUUAACAUAGUAGUUAUAGCUAGCUAAUAGUAUGCCUUUUUAAAUUUUUUGCAAAAAAAAUUUAUACUAGACAUUUGAAAAUUCAGUACACUUUACAAUAUUGGAAAAAAUGAAGUAUUUUUUAAUGGAUUACAGCAAUUAUGCUUCUAAGCUUAAGGUCAAAGAUGUAGUCUUAGAAUAGGACACAAAAUUAAAUUUUAUGUAGCUUAGAAUGUAUCGCUUAAAAACAAGUGAAUUUAUAUGUAUUGGUCUUCUUGCCUUUAUAACCAUGCUGACUAAUAUCUGUGCUUCAUACAUAAUCAAACUUGCCUUGCCUUAGAAACAUACUUAAUUCAGGAAUCCUAGCUGUUUUCGUGCAAUACCAAAAAUGAGUGCAUUGAGAUUUGUAAACCCAAAUUCAUUUGCCACCACUGAGAUUUUUUUUUUCCUCUCCUUUUUUUGGGAAACACAUUGAAAUUAAUUUUUGUCAUCUUAUUAAAAGAAUGAUAUUGAUAUGUGUUUCAAGUUUUUCAUUUCAAAUCUCAUAAUUGGAUUUUAUUUAAGUAGGAGGUAAAAAUGACAUUUUUAAAUUGGAAGGGGAUGUUUAAAUGUCAAUUUUAGAUCAAAAGUAGUGAAUCAUUCUACUUUAUAAAAUGUUUUUUAAAAGUUUAUCCUAAAGUUUCUAGACCAUUCUUUCUUGGCAAACUUGUUUGCAAUGCAAAUUUUGUGAGCAAUUGUUAAAUGUUGCUGCUGCUAUUUUUCAUUUAAAAGUAAGUUCCCAAGACAGACUUCUAAGGAGGAAAGUAUUGGUUUUUUAAAAAAUUGCUGAAAUACUGUUUUGCCAUUAAAAAAAAAAAAACACCUCAGGAUGCUUCUCACUCUGCCAUUAAAGUAUUUGUAUGCAUGUAUUUUUUAAAAGUUUGUGCAUGCACUUUACAAGAGUAAAUUCUAUCUUGGUUUUCAGAUAACUUAUAACCAAUUAUUUUUUAGUGUUCUUUUAGAGUUCAAAGAAUUAUCAAUGAUUGAAAAUAAACAAUAUAUAGUUUAAGACUGUAUAUACUCAGUUUAAAACAGUCUUUGCAUUGGACAGUAAGAAUCAAAAUCCCUCUGUGUGCCUUCAUCAGCUAAUAUGUAACCAGCAAGGAAAACCUUGAAAGUAUUUAUUAAAUACUAUACUAUGGAUAUAGGCCAAAUAGUACAGGCUUUGGCAGUUUGGGGUCUUGAUGCUAAAUUCUCAAAUACCCCUACGGCAGAAAUAAGGAACAGAAGAGCAACCAUUUACCCAUAGUCUUAAUCAUUUUGAAGAUGCAUGAAUUCAGCUCAGCUUGUUUACAUAUCUUACACAGCCAGGCCUCUCCUGUAGCCAGAUGUCCCACUACUGUCUUUGCUCACUCUUUUAAAAUAAGAAUUGGUAUUUCCUGGAAGUUUUAGUACUCUAAGGGUAUUUUGUCUAGAUGCAAUACUUCCUUCCUUGAUAAGGGACAUCAUUGGAGCCCUUACCUGUGGGAAAGGAAGAGGAAGUCGAAAAGUUGCAAGUGGAAUAGAAGACUUGGUUGAGUUCAUAAUACUUUUCAUGGGGUUUUCCCUGGCUGUGGAAAAACUCAGGCUAGUAAGCAUUUCUCUGUUUAAAGUCCUACAAGGCAAUUUGAAAUAAUUCAUUGUUCUUACCCAAUUUCUAAGUGCUCUUUUUCAUACCAAGCCUAACAUAAUUGGGGGAAAUGUCUGGGUACAAGUAAAACAUUCUUUGGAUCAUGUUCAAAGCCUUAUUAAUAUUGUACCUAAAAUGAUAGGUCAUUUUGCCUCACUUGCCAAAAUAGCCAUUUCUAAGUUAAGGAAAUUUUGAGGUAGGCUUACAACAUUAUUGUUGUAUUUCAUUUUAGAAUGUAAGCUCGAUGGCAGGGACACUAUAUUGUUAAUUAUGUUUUUGUAUAGCAACCAUUGCAGUAUACUCUUGGUGCUUAAUAAAUGUUCAUAAUUAUUAAGAGUAA